AUGACGGUCAACGAACUGGUGUCGGAUCCUAAGCUGUCCGUGGUCCUGCAGACCUCUGGCUACGCCCAGGACCAAGCCGCGAAGCUCUUGCAGCUCCUCACCGACGUCACCCACGCCAGUCAAGACACACUCUCGCCUGAGCUGCAAGCGAACCUCUCCAAGGAGCAGAAACUGCUUCUCACCAACAUCUCACACCUGCGCGGCUUCCAUCGCGCUGCCAACUUCACGGCCCGGGAGACGAAGGCACAGACGGCUGAAGCCCGCCAUGAGGUCGACCGCCUACACCUGCAGCUACAGAACCUAUACUACGAACAGAGACAUCUCGAGGGAGAGAUUGAGGCCUGCGAAUCCUACGACCACACUUAUCAGAAACUUCCACUUAUCCCCGUAGAGGAGUUCCUAGAAUUGCAUCCGGAGCAUGCUGACGACGACGAGAAUGCCUUGAUGGUUGCGCGGAUCGGCCACGAGCGGGCGGAGCGGGAGACGCUCGAGCAACAGAGGUUGGAGUUAGUCGGAAGGAAACAGAAGCUUAUCGCCGAGAAUAAGAAAAGGAAAGACGACUUGGCCAAUCUCGACAAAGAUCUUGAGAAAUUUAUUGAUGCCGCGAAACCUAUCCAGGAGCUCUUCGAGAAGGUUGCUUGA